AUGCAUUCUCUUUCUACGCUAGCCUUUCUCAUUGGCGCCUUGGUGGUAUCCGGGGGCUACUGCCAUCGCGAGGUUGAAACCAGAUCUCUAGAUCAGAUCUACGAAGCUGCGAAGGCAGAAGGCGGCGUCGUAACCCUAUGGGCGGGUGGAGAUGAAAAGGAUCAACAAAACAAGCUGAAAGACGCAUUCGAAGCCCGCUUCCCGGACAUUACCUUGAACCUCACGGUAGACUUAUCCAAGUACCACGAUGGUAGGAUCGAUGAGCAGCUCGCCGCAAAGAAUCUUUACGUUGACGCCACUUUCCUUCAAUCUCUUCACGAUUUCCCUAGAUGGAAGAGCCAAAAUGCGCUGCUGAACUACCAGCCUCUAGAGUUCAAGAACAUAUUUGAUGAGUUCAAGGACAGUGAUGGCGCAUACUAUGGCGUGUUUAUCCUCUUCUGGUCCAACAUCUGGAAUACGGAUAAAAUCGACGCAGCGAGCGCGCCGAAAGAGUAUACAGACUAUCUCAAGCCUGCGUUCAAGGAUAAGCUAGCGCUCACAUACCCCAACGAUGACGACGCCGUUGCAUUCCAAUUUGACCUGAUCAUCAAGCAGUAUGGCUGGGAAUGGUUCGACGACCUGAUAGCACAAAACCCUCACUGGGUCCGUGGAACUGCCACGCCUUCUACACUCCUCUCCCCCAGCUUGAACAACGUUUACGGCGCAACCUUCACCUCCGAAAUCGGCCUUGCCUCCUCUGGAAGCCUCAACAUAUCAUUCCCCACUAAGGGCCAAUUCGUCAGCUGGCCACAGACUGGUGCUAUCUUCGCCGACGCGCCACACCCUGAAGGCGCGAAGCUGCUGACCAACUUCGUGCUGAGCGACGAAUAUCAGAAAGCUUCAGGCUGGAGCGUGCGCCGCGACCUUCCUGGACCCAGCGGUUACCCUACUAUUUUCGAUAUGCCCGGCACCAACGUCACUGCUUUCAGGGAUUUUAUGCUGGAUCGUGCUGCUGUAGAGCGGCUGCGGUUCCGAUUUGAGGAUAAGAUCGGGACUGCGCAGGGCUUUAGCCCACUUGUUGACGAUUUGUAGGUAUUCGGAGUACUGUCUUGAAUCGUGUACUUUAGCAAACGUUACCAUAGUAAGCGUCUUCUUGUACAUAUACAAAAUCUUAGACAUAGGAGC